ACUGCAGGGACCGCGGAAGCGCGAUGGUGCCCCCUAGCGGCCGCCGCCACGAAGUACAACGGAGUAAACGCACAACUCCAGAACUGAGGGAAUUCCUGGCCAGAGCCCGCAGUGGGGCUGUGCGGCUCAUCAAGGUGGUCAUCAGGAACGAGCAGCUGGCGCUGGGGGGGUUCCGAGAGCCGGCGCAGAGCUGGGAUCGCGACUUCGACCACUUCCUGCUUCCUCUGCUGGACCCCCAGGAGCCGUGCUACAUCCUGUACCGCCUGGACUCCCAAAAUGCACAGGGCUACGAGUGGCUCUUCAUAUCCUGGUCACCUGACCAAUCCCCGGUGAGACAGAAGAUGCUAUACGCCGCUACGCGUGCAACUGUGAAAAAGGAGUUUGGAGGAGGUCACAUCAAGGACGAAAUGUUUGGGACAGUGGAGGAAGACGUCUGCUUCCAAGGGUACCUGUGUCACGUGUCGUCGUGCUGUGCCCCUGCACCGCUGACCGCUGCCGAGCAGGAACUGCAGCGUAUCAAAACCAACGAGGUGAAGACAGAGAUCAGCAUAGAGAGCAAACACCAGACCAUGCAGGGACUGGCCUUCCCCCUGCAGAGCGCUGCCCGGCAAGCCCUACAGCUGCUCACACAGCGGCGCAUCAACUACAUCCAGCUGCGGCUUGACACGGAGAAGGAGACCAUCGAGCUGGUGCACGCAAACCUGACGGAGGUUGGUGACCUGCCCCGCCGGGUGCCUACGGACACACCCCGCUACCACUUCUUCGUUUACAAGCACCGGCACGAGGGCGACUCCCUGGAGUCCGUGGUGUUCAUCUACUCCAUGCCGGGCUACAGCUGCGCCAUUAAGGAGCGCAUGCUUUACUCGAGCUGCAAGAGUAGGCUGCUGGACGAUGUCGAGCGGGACUACCAGCUGGAGAUCGCCAAGAAGAUCGAGAUCGACAGCGGGGAGGAGCUGACCGAGCAGUUCCUGUACGAGGAAGUUCAUCCAAAGCAGCAUGCCUUCAAGCAGGCCUUCGCCAAGCCCCGGGGCCCAGCCGGCAAGAGGGGCCACAAGCGGCUCAUCAGGGGAGCUGGCGAGAACGGGGACGAGAGCUAGAGGGCGGAGCGAUGGCCUCCCGCUGCACGGACCCCUUGCUUGCGCUAUGCAAUUUCUUACGGCCUCGCUGAUGCCGGUGACUUCUGUGUGUUUACCUGUUGUUCUUUGCCCAGUGAAUUAAGAGCUUUAUUUACUUUGUAUAACUGAAAUCUUCAUGUUGUUUUGGUAUUGUUUGCUGGCCUUAUGCAACCUUGACCCCCAUCACUCACCUCCUAACAUGACCAUUCAAUGACACAUAGACACACACUCUCUCUGCAGCCUGGCCCACGUUCACAGGGUAAAGUCGGUUCUCUGUUUGCAUGAUCUGAAAUGACCGGAUGUAGGUGGGGUCUGCGCUCUGGGCGGACUUUCAGUGCGAGAUCCCCCCCGAACUGAUUUGCUCACUGUCCCGUUAGCUCUUAGCAUCGUAACCUGUCUUUGUGGUCGAAGGGAAAGGCUUGUACUCCCUCCAUCGUGGGGGGGUUGCAGCCUCAGGGCGCUCUUUUAAUAUCGGUCACAGUCUGUCUUCGGUGGUCCCUUUAGGGUAAGUUCCUUGCUGGAAGGUACUGCAGCUGGAGGUGAGAUUCAAACCUGUGACUUUUAGGGCCAAAGGCAGCAGCUCAAACCGCUGCACCGCCAACUGUCCGGUAACAUCCUGUCCCUCAUUGGUCCUUGCAGCCCAACAUUGUACUUUUUUCCUCCUAACUGUGAUUUUCCUUCUUUUAUAUCAAUCUCUUCUACCAGUAAACAUGUCUUACGUCAUUUAGUCGUUUCUUGUAAGCAGAUGAAUGCUGCUAUUAAGAAACAAACUUCCUAAUAAAAUAUUUUUUCUGUUCUUGUAUCACUUUUAUUCAGCAUCCUAAAUAGCUGAGGGCCCCACAGAGCUGGAACUCUUUUCAGCAACAAUCCCAGUUUUUGUUAAGAUUCGCUCAAACAAACAAACGGUAUUUGCUGGAGCUUCAUGUGAGAAAAGCACGCUUUUUCGGACGGGACACACAAAGUGUGGAUGACGGAGAGAUGAUGAGGGAUGACCUGGGGCGCUGGGGACUGAAGAGCUCCGACGACUACAGGAGCCAUCGCAGGACAACUUUCUGCCCAAGAUCGCAAGUUAUAGCGACUGAAGAAAGGCUUUUGACGAAAAGACGUCACACGAGGGCCGUCAGUCUGAGUUCGGCAGCCAAUAGGGAUGCGCUACGGCAGCAGAGGGCGGGUC